AUGAAUCAUGCGUUCUUUCGUCACUAUCGUGAUAAUGUACAAUGGAUGAGUGACAUGGGAAUGUCAUCGUUUCGAUUCUCCAUCUCCUGGUCACGGGUCAUGCACUGGGACGCAGAGACCCGAAAAAUGCGGCCCAAUUCUCAAGGAAUUGCCUCCUAUCACGCUCUACUUGAUGCUCUACAGAUGAAAGCAAUACAAUCGAUUGUAACGCUCUACCAUUUCGAUCUGCCGUUGAUGUUGCAGACACAAUUGGAGCCGAAAGGGUGGCUGAAUCCAGACAUUGUGACACACUUUGAAGACUUUGCAACGCUAGUAUUCCGUGAGUUUGGAAGCAAAGUCAAGUACUGGGCAACAUUUAAUGAGCCGUUGACGUUUAUUAGUCGUAGCUACGGCUUGCGUGACGCUGCUCCGGGUGCAGUGAAGUCAUCGGACACGAAUACGUACACGGUGGGGCACAACGUGCUGUUGUCACAUGCGAAAGCGGUGGCAAUUUUCCGUACACUGAAGAGAGAAGAGACAAGUGUUGUUGCUGCUGGUGCUCGCAUUGGCAUUGUGUUAAAUGCCGAGUUCGGUUACCCGGUGGAUGAGUCAGACACUCUGGACGUGGAAGCAGCAGAACGGAAAAUGCAGUUCGAUCUUGUCUGGUUCAUGACACCAAUUAUGACUGGUGAGUAUCCAGAAAUCAUGCGUGAGCGUGUCGGUGAACGACUUCCACGAUUCAGCUUCGAAGAGGCUGCACUAAUCAAUGGAUCGUAUGAUGUGUUUAUGCUCAGCAAUUAUUACUCUCGCGUUGUGACUAACUGCGACUCGGAGCACUCUGCAAUAGUGUGCGACGAACUUCCGCAGGGUCACGCUCGUGAUAGAGGGAUCGACGAUACACGAACACCUAGUAGUGCCCGUAUACCUCCCACGGACGAUUACGUUGCCACCAUCAAGUGGCUGCAUGAGAAAGAUCUCUCGACGGAGAUCUUGCUGACAGAUAACGGUCGAUGGGGAAAUGAUCAGGUUGAUAAUUUGGACCGGCUCCAGUACUUUCAAGUCUACGUGGGACAAUUGUACAAAGCAGUCGUGGAGGAGAAGAUCCCAAUCAUUGGAUACACUGCGUGGCUUCCAGACACCAAUGAGCGGGGCUCUUACGAACCUCAAUUCGGUGUGCGCGAUGCAAAUGUCACCUCUCGUUCGGCGCAAGGGCUUCCUCGCAUUCCGUGUCCAGCAGCGAAAUGGUUUACGCAUCUUACGACAACCAAGUGCCUGGAUGGCUGGAAUCAAGGAACUAUUGAGAUGAAUGUCGGAGAACAAGAAGAAGAAGAAGAAGCUGCACCACGCGAGAAAAUGCUUAGCUCAGAGGCUAACGGGAAUAAUGUUGGGGUUCCAUGGUCACUGGAUGAAGUGAUGUUUCUUCUUAUCAUCGGAGUGGUUCUUUUCGGUGUCAUCACAUGCGAGGCAAUGCGAGAACUCCGUAUGAGCAGCCGAGGGUCCCCCGAAGAAGUGCAGGUUCUCAUUACAAUCAAAGACUAA